CGACCCAACGCUGCCCCUGGCUUUCCUAACUUCGGUGGCCGGUGCGGUCUCUUACAGCGGUUUCGGGCCUUUCGGCAGUGUAGAAAACGGCAGUGACCUCAAAACGGAGACAGAGCGGCCGCGUCGGGGCCGCAACUCCUUCCCCUUCCUUUCUUUCUCCCCUCCUCUCGUCCCAUCCUCCGUCUCUCCGGCGAGGCGAUGGAAAGCGCCGGAGGCGAGCGGCCGCCCACCACCCGCAUCCUUAGCAUCCCCAAGGAGGGCGAGCGGAUCCUCGCGCCCACGCGGCGUCCCGACGGCACCCUCCGGAAGCCCAUCCGCAUCCGGGCCGGCUAUGUCCCCCAGGACGAAGUCGCCAUCUACCAGUCCAAGGGCGCCCUCUUGAGGAAAGGACUUCAGCCCGAUGCUCCACCGGGAUACGAUCCGGCGCUGGAUGCCAAACCCAAGACCAAGUCGGCGAAGAGGAACGAGAGGAAGAAGGAGAGGCGGCAUCAGUCUGCACUUGCUUCAUCAACUGAGAAGGGCAAGAACUUGGAUUCAGAGCAAGCCGAGAUGAUAAAAUCUGAAGAGAUUCCUUCCGCUGAACUCAUGACCCAGAGAUUGGAAUCUGUGGAAUCAGUAACUGACCAGAUGGGUAGGAUCUCUGUUUCUGCAACAUCAGUGGUGAUUAGCCCUUCCACAGAUUUAAAGGAGGAUCCAAAACCUGAAAAUUCUGGUCCUGAUAUAGAUAAAAGAAUUCGAGCACUGAAAAAGAAGAUUAGGCUGGCAGAAGGACGGUUACAGGGAAACCAACAAAAUAUGAAGCCUGAGCAGUUAGAAAAGAUGGCAAAAAUGGAAGAAUGGCGUGAAGAACUGAAACUUUUGGAGGAUAGAAAGGCAAAUCUGGUUUCGCACUAACUCGAUGAACAAGUUGCUGAGAUCCUAAUUUCAACUGGUUGAGUGCCCUUUCAUGAAAUCCUCUGUGGGCUAUAAGCUCAUUUUAGUUGUGGGUGUUCUUAGCCAACACCGGUACCGGAUAAAUUGAUUUUGGGACCUGUGUCUAUAUGGUUGGUGUACUUACUUACUAUGGUAAAUGUGUGGGUGAAUUUUUGCACAAAAUAUUUAUCUUAAUUUGGUAUUUAUGCCCUCAAAGUUCAA